AUGGGUUCAGACUUCUCAGACUUCAAAGACAGACCCAUAGAUUCUCCUGCAGCAUGCAGGGUGGGGAAACUGCAAUGAGAUUGUCCACUUAAAAAAAGAAAAAAAUUAUCAACAUGGAAACAAGUGCUGCUGAGACUUCUGGGUCUACAAAGAGAGUACCCAUUUAAAUGCCAGAAAUGUGGGGAAAGCUCAGACCUUAUUAACCACCAAAGAACUCACAGCGAAGAGGAACCUUUUAAGUGUCAGCAGUGUGGUAAGAGGUGAUGGAGUUCAGAUCUUAAUAAGCACCUAACCACACACCAAAGUAUAACAACAGCUAAGUGUUCAUGGCAUGGGAAAAGCUUCAGUCAGAAUACAAAUCCUCACACACAGCACAGGACUCAGGAGAGAGAGGGCUUUUCCCUGUUAAGAGUUCAGGAAAACAGCCAGAAUUCCCACCUUGUUGAAUGUCAGAGAGCACACACAGGUGAGCAGCCUUAGACAUGAAAUAUGUGCAAAAGAAGCUUUAGCCGACGGCCACGCCCUCUCAGACGCCAGAAAUACAACCAAGAAAGAGAAACGUGUUGGUAUCCUCUGAAGAGAUUCACCCAAUAA